GGACUCGCCUCUUUUAACCUUCAAGCAAAACCUCACUAUUCUCCUCUCUUUUAGAGAAUACCCAAUUCAUACAGAAUAUAUACCCUCACCAGACAUCAUAUACAAUCAAUCCGCCCCAAAAAUGUCCACCAUCUCGUCCCCCCGCCCAUCAAUCGCCUCCUCACGCGCCCACUCACCCACCCCAACAUCCUCCCGCCGACCCUCCCUCGACAUCAACACAAACCUCGGCGGCCUCAGCGCCAGCUCAACCCCCUCAACCGCCCGAGCCCUCUCCCCCUCCUUACAUCCCCGCCGCAAUCGCGCCGCCCUCCGCGACUACUACAACUUGAAACCCUCCGCCGCCGAAGCCCCCGGAACCAGACGGUCCCGCAGCAUCCCCCGGCCCACCGACGCAGCCGACACCUCCAAUCCCUCAGUCAUCCAGACCGGGACGGAGCUGGACAGCCCGGACUUCGAUGCCCAGCGCUACGUCAAUCAUCUUCUUGCGACGUCGUCGCUGUCGACGGUGCUGAAGGCGGAGAAUACGCUCGUCGGGGAUAUCAAGACGCUGGAUAGUGAGCGCAAGGCGCUUGUUUAUGAUAAUUAUUCGAAGCUGAUUCGGGCGGUCGAGACCAUUGGGAAAAUGCGGCAGAGCAUGGAUGAUCGGGGGGCGCCGUUGACCAUGACCAAGACCUUGGGGCCGGCUAUUGCGUUUGUGGCUGAGACGGCAGGGGGGUUGAUUCAGGAGGGGGAGGAGCAGAGGCGGCGGAUGAAGGAGGCUAGGGCAUCAGAUGGGUUCGAGCGCAAGACGGCAGAGAAGGAUACGGUGAGGUGGGCGCUUGGGACGCCGGCUCGGUUGGAGAAGCUUGUUGCGGAUGGUAGCCGGGAGGAGGCUGAGAGGGAUUGGGAGGAGGUACGGGAGUUACUUGGGAAGUGGGAGGGUGUGAAAGGCGUGAAGGAGCUCCGGGAGGCUUGCGAGGAAAUUAUGGAGAAGAAUGAUGAAGCUUCUUGAAUGCAUAGCUCAUUUCAUGCAUUCUAUUCUUGCGGUUGAGCUACAUUCAGAUGCUCACCGGCUGGCCGACAGACGGACGCUUUCAGAGAUCACGCAGCCAACUACAGUUCACGCUGUUCGGCCCGGUUGGCAGGUCGGGAGAGCCUGUCACAAUCUUUCAGGGUCACAUUGAUCGAUCAAACGUGGAAGAUCCCUUCAGGAACGUCUAUAAACUGCACGACACGACAUCCGUCCACGUUUCCUCGUUGAUACCACCACGAUAUAAAGGUGGAAUGUAUCACAGGGAGAAGAACCAGGCUUGGGAGCACCAAUCAAUCUCCAAGAGUGUUCAUAUCACAUUAGAUACAGGUAGUGAGCAGAGUCAUCACGAAACUCAUCAUGAUCGUCAA